AUGAAAAAUCGUAUGUCGAACGCGUCGCAGCAGUUCGUCGAGUUCUUCUCACGAGUCGUCUGUUGGCUAUGGGAGACCCUCGAAAAGUUAUUGGACAUCAUUCUCGAUUUCUUGGCGAGAUUAAUCGAGCUGAUACUAGCGGUGAUGAACCUGAUUUUCCAGGUGAUCUGCUUCUUCAGGGAUCUCUUCAUGGAGGCUAUGCAAACAUUCGCGAACGUCUUUCGAGGGAUCGUGAAUGUAGUUAGCAAUAUCAGCUGCGAGGAAAUUGAAGAUUUCGCCUCCGCGUGCAUCGUAGUUCUCCUUUGGAUCGCGGCGUUUAAAUUCACGAAGAAUUUCUUUCAAAACUCUCGAAUAGCUUCGUACUUUUGCACACGAAACGCGAUUUCGAACGAAAACAACAAUAACAAGGUGACUAAACCUGGGCUAGAGGUUUGUCUCCCGCAGAAAAGAACAGGGAAAAGGAUGAAUCGACGUCAUGGGAAACGACCUCGAGCCGAGCCCAAACAGGAAUUAGACGACUAG